CCCAUGAGAUUUUUCGCUGGGAUGACCGUGCACGAGACGAAUCCCGUUCGGUAACCGAUACCCCAAGUCAAGGCGGAUCAUCCGUCAGUCCGUCACCGCAGUCCAGGGAGCGAGCGACGACGACGCCAGGGUCGUGGUGCUAGUUGCGGGGUCCCGGCCCGUCGAGUCCGCCUCCGGUUCUCCCCCUUCUCCCGUUGCGGCGACUCCGGCGGCGGAGACAGAGGAGCCUAAGCAGGAGGAGGCGGCGGCGGCAGCAGCAGCAGGUGUGCAGGCCAUGGCUGUCACGGUAGUGCGGGACGUCGAGACGGGCCUGGACGCGAGCACCAGCGACCGGGACGGUGACGCCGGGGACAACCCUUCCUGGUUCACACCUAAGAGACUACUUGUCAUGUUCUGCAUUAUCAACAUGCUGAACUAUAUUGAUCGAGGAGCAAUAGCAAGUAAUGGCGUCAAUGGUACCCGCAAAAGUUGUUCGGGUGGUACAUGCACCUCAGGCUCAGGAAUUCAAGGGGACUUCGAUCUUAAUAAUCUUGAAGAUGGUACAUUGUCCUCAGCAUUUAUGGUUGGACUGUUGGUGUCUUCGCUGAUAUUUGCAUGCCUUGUAAAAAGAUAUAAUCCUUUCAGGCUUAUUGGUGUUGGCUUGUUAGUGUGGACUAUCGCAACAGCUGGUUGUGGGGUAUCAUUUGAUUUCUGGUCAAUUACUAUAUGCCGCAUGUUUGUGGGCGUUGGCGAAGCUUCAUUUAUAAGUCUUGCAGCUCCAUUUAUUGAUGACAAUGCACCAGUAGCUCAGAAAACAGCGUGGCUUGGUAUGUUCUACAUGUGUAUACCAACUGGGAUUGCAUUAGGCUAUGUUUAUGGCGGACUGGUUGGAAAAUACCUGAACUGGCGUGUUGCUUUCUGGGGAGAGUCAAUAUUGAUGGUUCCUUUUGUUAUUCUUGGUUUUGUUAUAAAGCCACUAGACCUCAAAGGAUUUGCUCACAACACAGGAAAAGAAUAUGGCCAGAUGCUUAAUCCUGAGGUUCAAGAUCAGAUAAAUAAUAAUGGGACAAAAAAUGUUUUGCCUAGUCGAAUCGAGGAUCUUUCAGGAAAGGUUCGGCAAAACUUCUCCUUGUCCAGUUUUUGCCAUGUUCUCAUGACUGAAAUUGGUCGCUUCAGCAAAGAUAUGAAACAACUAUUACAAGAGAAGGUUUUUGUCAUUGUUGUCUUAGGUUAUAUCUCCUACAACUUCGUCAUUGGUGCUUAUUCCUACUGGGGCCCAAAGGCAGGUCAAGAGAUCUACAAUAUGGCGAGUGCGGAUAUUAUGUUUGGUGGAAUUACUAUAGUGUGUGGAAUUGUUGGAACACUAGCAGGAGGUUUCAUCCUUGACAAGAUAGGGUCUACUAUUCCUAAUGCUUUCAAGCUUCUUUCUGGUGCGACAUUUGUAGGGGCAAUAUUCUGCUUUGGUGCUUUUUGUUUCAAGAGCCUUUAUGGGUUCAUACCCUCCUUUGCAGUUGGGGAGCUUUCAGUUUUCGCAACUCAGGCACCUGUAAAUUUUGUAUGCCUUCACGCCGUGAAGCCACAUUUGCGGCCAUUGGCAAUGGCCGUAUCCACUGUUUCGAUCCAUAUAUUUGGUGAUGUCCCUUCUUCACCUCUUGUUGGGCUGCUUCAGGACAAAAUCAAUAACUGGAGGGAGACAGCUCUUAUAUUGACAUCCAUCCUUUUCGCUGCAGUUGUGUUCUGGUUCAUUGGCAUAUUUGUCCCCAGCGUCGACCGUUUCAACGAAGAGAGCGAAUAUGGCCUUACUGCCGCUGAGAGAUCAAGUAUCAGGCCACUGCUUGGUGAAAACGAGCCACGGACAUCUGACUAAAAUCUGCGCAAUCCAUAACCAUUUAUUACUUGGAAGGGCAAUUUUAGGAUAUGUUUGUUUUCCUCCUAGAUUAUAUGAGCUGGAUUAUAGUGAAAAUAAGCUAAAAUAAGCUCGCAUUGGGUAACUUAUUUCAGUUGCAUGCCAGUUGCAAUCUUAGGGUACGAGGUUACAAUAUCACUUUGGAAGGCUAAAAUAAGUUAUCAUAAUCCAACUUAUGUAAUCUAGAAGAAACAAACAGGGCCGUAGUCCGUAGUAUUAUCCUCUGUCUGUGCCAGCAACAUGUGAAAUGUAAAGUUGUAUGCCCAACAUGUGAAAUGUAAAGUUGCAUGCCAGUUCAAUGUAGAUGUACAUAUACGAGGUCUGUUUGCCUUGCGUUUUUUAUCUCUACAGGCUACAGAAACAAGCGAGAGAACGUUACAAUUUAUUUUUACGGAUGUAAAACAUUUUGGAUUGUGACAUGAUAU